AUGACUCAUAAGAUGAGGUCCCGCCUUGCUGCUGCUGCUGCUGCUUUGCUGCUGCUAUGCACGGCAGUUGGCCCCAGCCCCUCCUUCGCGCUGCAGCUGCGGGUCUCGCCCUCGCGGCAGACUCAAGAUGACUCUGCACUAACUGCAGAGCUGCCAGCAGCAUCAGCAGCAGCAGCAGCGCCAGCAGCUCCAGAAGCACCAGAGGCGCCAGCAGAAGCAGCACCAGCAGCACCCGCAGCAGCAGCAGCACCAGCAGCGCCCCCAGCAGCAGCAGCAGCAGGUGACGCGCAAGCGGAUGUACAGAGUCAGACAGACACUUUGGAAGCCUCGCAGCAGCAGCAGGAGCAAGGCGCCGAGCCGCAGCCACCGCAGCAGCAGCAGCAGCAGCCGCAGCAGCAGCAGCAGCAGCAGCAGCAACGGGAGGAGCCCGAGGAAGCAGCUGAGACGAAGACUGCAGAAGACCGCGAGGCUGCGCUGAAAGCAGUAGCACUCAGCCGCGUCAGCAAAGCCACCAGCAGCAAAGACUUGGUGGGAGUUGCAACUGCUUUGAGUUCGCACUUGCACUCCGCCACAAAAGCUGCAUGCGGCAUUCAGCCUUCAGCUCCAACGGAGCCGUCGGAGCUGACGGAGCUGCUGCUGCUGAGCCGGCAGUGCCGGCACUCGUCAAGUCCAGUGCUGGUGGUGGACGGCGGCAGCACAGGAACUCGAGGAGUUUUGUUUCGAGUGAUGUCGGAAAGCUGUUUCGGGCUGGGGCGGCGGGUGUUGCCGGAGAGUCUGCGGCAGCUGGAAGAAGGUCCGAAGUUCGAAGGGCUGCGGCAGCUGAUGGAGAAGUGGCUGGACGAAGCAGCAGGUCCUGGCUGGGCUUCGCGGGCUGUGGACUCGCAUGCGCUGCUGCAGCAGUUCCCGCGCAUGCGGCAGCAGGCUGGAGACCUGCUGCGCAGCGUGCUGCGCAGCAGCGAGCAGCUGGUAAAGAAGUACUUCUCCGAAUAUGAACAGGAGGAAGCGAAGACCGUGGGCAUUCCCGUGAUCUUCUUCAGCACUGCAGGAGUUCGAGACACGCACGACUGGUACCGCCGGGGUCUUUUUGCUUCCUUCAUCGAAGCCAUUAACAGCUACUCCAGUUCCCAAGGCUUUGUGUUCUUCACCAACGAAGAGUGGACGCGGCCAAUCCCCGGAGUCGAAGAAGGCAUGUUGGCUUUCGUAGCUGCGAACCAGCUGCUGGGGCGCUUCGCGCGCGCCAAACAAAUCAAAGAAAACCUCGAAAAAACCCAAACCCCCGCGGAAAGGAAGCAGCUCGAAACCCUCCUGAGCCAAACCCUCACCAGCAUCGUCGAAGUUGGCGGCGCCUCUGCACAAAUUGUCUUUCCCGUCUACCGAGUCGGCAGCAGCCCCUCCUUUGUGAACACCACCAACUUGACCACUGGGGGCUACUUGAGCAGCGACUUUCCCAGCGUGGACAUCAUGUCCACUUCCUACAUGCAACUUGGCGCCAGCAGCGCCACUGGCAUUUUCUACAAGUCCUACUGCAGCAACCCCGACAACCUCCGCAACGGAGUUUGCCUCAACCCCUGUCUUCCCAAGGGUUACCAGCAAGAGUGCUCCACGGGGGAUGUUUCGGUUUCCCCGGAAGGCGCCGUUGCUGUUUCGAAGCAGCUGCAGCGCCAGCGCCUGAAACCUGCAGCUUACUACUGCACUUCGACAAAUGACGAAAUCGCAAAAAAGGCUCUCAACCGCCUUUCUUGCAUUGCUGCCGGAAUCAAUCCUGAACAGCCUCUGGAGGAACGCCUCGCCAUCGAGGGCUGCAGCAAAAUGGAAGGCACUGGCGACUUCGCUGCAUGCGCUGCUGCAGUUAGCAGCAUACUUCUCGACCCCCCCCUCCCCCUCCCCGCCAACCAGGAAGCCUCCUACACUGGCUUCGACACUGUGGGACAAAUUUUCGACUUCAUGUCCACAGAAGCCCCCAUUGUCAUCACCGGGAAAGCCCUCGUCUUCCCCAUUCGAGAUCUCCAGAAACUCGGACUCCUCAAACCCUCUUUCCAGGGGGACCCCUGCGAACUCAAAGAAGCAGCUACGAAGUACUGCAGCGCCCCAGUCGUCAGAAGCGCCUCCGGCGCACUCGUACGCCAGCUGCAGCCGCAGCAGCAGCAGCAGGGAGCGGGCGGAGGCCCCGUGGAGGUCACGGUGAGCAGCGUGAACCUCGAGAACUGCUUCAAGCUGGGCAUGAGCCACGGGCUCCUGCGGCUGCUGAACAAAAGCAACAUCCAUCCCUCCAAGAUCACAUUUGCCAUUGACAUUGAAGACCCCAACAGCAAACAAAAGGUGGGAGAGUACGGCUGGCCCCCAGGGGCCAUUCUGAGAGCCAUUCUAAACCAAAGAAAGUGGAGCACUUUGGCUUACGAACUUGGCAAAAACCACACAGUGCGGGACCGGUGGAACGCAGCGCACUCGGCCAGCGAGCAACAGUCUGAGGAAAAUGUCACACCACACCGGCAGGCCUCGGCACAACUGCGUGACAACCAGCAGCUGACAAAGAGCUCGUGGAAGCAGCAAAGACAGCCAUCUCACGAGCCGCAGCAGCAGCAGCGGCAGCGGCAGCAGCAGCGGCAGCAGCAGCAGCGACAGCGACAGCGACAGCAGGCAGUGUUCGGUUUUGAAUGUUGUAUUGCCGCGGGGAGAAACUUUCAAAUGGAGAGAAGAGAGGCAGACCAUAUGGAGAGACUUGCAGCCUCCACGGAACCUUCUUUCACAAAACUUCGCCAAUCAUGA